ACUUUUAACGCCUAUCCCCCGACGAGCCAUCGGAGGUUGACUCUCCAGUGGCUAAAGAAGGGCGUUUCCUUUGCCAAAAAAUCCUAACAAGGCGACCUCGACGAGAGAGAGAUGGCGAUCCUCUACGCGGUGGUGGCGAGGGGAACGGUGGUGCUCGCCGAGUUCGCGGCCGUGACCGGCAACGUCGGUGCCCUCGCGCGCCGUAUCCUGGAGAAGCUGCCGCCGGACUCCGAUUCCAGGCUCUGCUUCUCCCAGGAUCGAUACAUCUUCCACGUCCUCAGGUCUGAUGGGAUCACCUUCCUGUGCAUGGCCAACGAGACCUUCGGGAGGCGGGUUCCUUUUCUAUAUUUGGAGGACAUUCACAUGAGAUUCAUGAAGAAUUAUGGCAGAGUUGCCCAUUCUGCACUAGCUUAUGCAAUGAAUGAUGAGUUCUCCAGAGUGUUACAUCAGCAGAUGGAAUUCUUCUCAAGCAACCCAAGUGCAGACACACUUAACCGUGUGCGAGGUGAAGUUAGUGAGAUACACACUAUCAUGGUGGACAAUAUUGAUAAGAUAUUGGACCGAGGUGAUCGUAUUUCACUUCUCGUUGACAAAACUGCUACAAUGCAAGACAGUGCUUUUCAUUUUAGAAAGCAAUCUAGGCGACUCCGGCGUGCUCUGUGGAUGAAAAAUGCCAAGCUUUUAGCUGUGUUGACAGUUGCAAUUGCUCUGUUGCUGUACGUAAUAAUAGCAGCCUGCUGUGGCGGCAUCACUCUUCCAUCAUGCAGAUCAAGAUAAGUUGUUAUUAAACUUCGUUGAGGUGUGCUUUGUGCAUUUUCUUGCCUGUGCGAUGAAAGCUCCAUUAAGCCUGCGUGAUGCAGAAUUUCUAAAUGCUGGACUCCGCCGACUGCAUAAGAGCUCUCCCUAUACUGCAUGGUUUGUUCACUGUAGAUUCUUGAUUUCUGGUGUGACUCUAAGGUAAUUAAGGUAGCAUUAUAUAUGGAGUUAAUUUGUAUCGUCUUCUUGAUUUCUAGCUGUGAAAUUUUUAUAUCUUGGGGAA